UUUACUUUUCUCCACAUUCAUCCCCUCUCAUCUUCUUAAAUCUUAACUCACUUCAACAAAACAAACCAACCAACUGAAAAUGGUUAAAUUUGGGGGUGUUCUUGUUUGUCUCUUGGUAGUUGCUAUUGAUGUAGUUGCUGGUGUUCUUGCCAUCCAAGCAGAAAUUUCUCAAAACAAGGUUAAGCACUUAAGGCUGUGGAUAUUUGAGUGUAGAGAGCCGAGUGAAGAUGCAUUCAAGCUAGGGUUAGCUGCAGCAGCACUACUGGGUGUGGCUCAUGUGCUUGCUAGCUUGCUUGGUGGAUGCAUGUGUAUUUGUUCUCAGCAAGAGCUUCAAACAGCUUCUCCUAACAAGCAGCUCUCUGUUGCAUGCUUCUUCUUUUCUUGGGUGAUUUUAGCCGUUGGAUUAUCGAUGUUGGUGAUUGGCACUUUAUCAAACAACAAGUCAAGGGCGUCUUGUGGUUUCACACACCAUCAUUUUCUUUCAAUUGGAGGAAUUUUGUGCUUUGUUCAUGCCCUUUUUUGUGUUGCAUAUUACGUUUCUGCCACUGCUGCUACUAGUGAGGAAAGCAAGUAUGGGGGUGCUUAAUUAAGCAUAAAUUUGUCUUUAAAUAUGUGAAUUUUAAUUUUUUUUUUGAAGUCUUAAAUUACUUUAAUUAACUUUUCUACUUUUACUU